UCCGCACCCCGGCUGUAUUUCCCAGGCUCGCAUGGCGGCUUGCAGCCCUUAGGAUUCAUCUGGGGCUCCACAGCCAGCGCGCUGGUUUUUAGCCCGGGGGUGCAACCCCUUCGCCCGGUGGUUGACUGGGGGAACGGCAGGAGGGGAGCAGGAGUGGGUGAGAAACCCCACGGGUGCUGGGGAGUUUGCAGGGAGGUCCGAGGCGGAGCGGGGCGGGGGGGGGGGGGCAUCGCCAGGGCCGGACACCUCGGAGCCCGGCUUUUACCUCUUCCCCUGCCAGGUAAAAGUCCCACCGCGGUCGUGGGAGCUGCACUGAUGGGAUAUUUCUCUCCGAAGGAAGAAGGGAUCCUCCUCUUCCCUCGCCCCGGAGAAGUGAUGCUCUACGGAACAGGGUCUCCCCGGGGGCUAACGCAGGUCUGAGCCGCGGGGGGCUGGGGAAACAGCCGACACCUCCAACUGCAUCGGAAUCCCUCGGGGCCUCGGAUUAAAACUGUUACAUCAGUUUUAUAUGAAAAUAAAUAUAUAUAUAUAUAAAAUCCAACAACACAAAACACAGCCCCAAACCUGGACGUUUAUACAGAAAAAGAGCAUCACAAAUUCCUAAUAGCUAUGAAGCAGGGACAGAGGCAGAGCGAGCUGCUUCAGGCAGGGCUGGGAUCUGAGCUCGCACAAAUCUCUCCCCGGUGGACUCGUCCCAGGUUCCUGCCCUGCCCCGUCCCUUCGCUGGGCUCCGAGGGGGAAGACCCGGAGCUGAGAGCCCGCCGGCGAUGAGCCACAUCUACGGCAGCCCCCUCUCCGCCAUGGGCAGCCCCUCCAUGGUGUACCUCCCGGCCGCCCUGGGCUUCGCCCCCAGCGGUGCCAUCUCCCGGCAGGACCCCCCGCAGAAGCCCCCCUACAGCUACAUCGCCCUCAUCGCCAUGGCCAUCAAAGAGGCUCCGGAGCAGAAGGUGACCCUCAGCGGCAUCUACCAGUUCAUCAUGGACCGCUUCCCCUUCUAUCACGACAACAAGCAGGGCUGGCAGAACAGCAUCCGCCACAACCUCUCCCUCAACGACUGCUUCGUCAAGGUGCCGCGGGAGAAGGGGCGGCCCGGCAAGGGCAGCUACUGGACCCUGGACCCCCGCUGCCUGGACAUGUUCGAGAACGGCAACUACCGCCGCAGGAAGAGGAAGCCCAAAGCCCCGGGGCCACCGGAGGCGAAGGGCGGCUCGGCCCCCGCGGACGGCGGGCAAGCGGGGCCGGCCGCCCGCCCCGACGAACCCAAAAGGGCCAAGGGGAGCUCGGCGGCGGACUCGGGCGACGAGGGGGUCCCCAGGCCGGGCGGGGGGGAAGCGGCCCCCCCCGGCGCCCCGGCCCCCGCCGCCCCCCGGCCGCCCGCCCCCGCCGCCGCCGCCGCCGCCGCCGCCGCCGCCCCGCCGCACAAGAGCGGCCCGCGGGGCCGCAGCUUCAGCAUCGAGAGCAUCCUCGCCCAGGGGCUGCGGCAGCCGCCCCCCGGGGCAGCCCCCAAAGCGGCCCGGGAGAGCCCGGUCGGUUGCCUCGGCGGCUCCCUGGUGGCCAGCGGUGGCUUCGGGCCGGCCCUCAAUGCCUCCCUCAUGCUCGACUCCCAGGUGCACGGGAGGCUCUACCACAUCGGCAUCCCCUUCCUCUCCUGCUUCCCUCUCCACUUCUCCGAGGCGGUAUUUAAUUUCCAGUAGCUGCCCCAGAAUUAUAGCACCCCCUCCCCCCCCCCCGCCCCCAGCCUCCCCGUCCCCCCUCUUCGCUGCUCCGGGGGUGCGAUGGGAGGGAGAGACCAGACUCAGACCUCACCAAGCAGGUAAAGACCAAAAAAAACCCCAUAAGAAGCGAUGUUAGAAGGUGACUCAGGAUUUCAGGGCAUUUUCAAGGCACGUCUUGCUGCGGAGCUCUCUUUAGCGAUUGCCUCCCACCCCUACCAGAUCGACUUUUCAAGGUAAAACGGCUUUCUUUUCCCGUGGGUGGUGGAGGUACGGAGGCAGGCAGUGUGUGGGGGGGUGUCCCAUGCUGGCCUCCAAGCCCCGUUGGGUUUGCUCUGCACCUUUAGUCUUUGCAUCCCUCAGGUGUCCCAGAUCUGGUUUCUGCCAAGCCCUUCAGGUCUCCGGUUUUCUUCUUUUUUUUUUUUUAUUUUUAUUUUUAUUUUUUCUUUUUCUUUUGAAAACAAAAACCGCCCCUUCCAUCCUUGGGGGAGGAGGCUGAGUUUUAUUUUGCCAUUAGUACUCACGGGUGCCUGCACGUAAUAAUUCCUGAUAUUGCCCCAGCGGCCCAGUCCUCCGAGUGGGUAAAAGGCAGGUAACCGGAGCUGAAAUAAAGGCAGACCAAACAAUCCGGGCUCAUUCUGCACAAUCUUGUUUGCUUUGACUCAGCGCUGUAUAUAAUUCAUGGCGUUAACGCAAGCUGGUAUCCUGCCUAGCACUUGUGCUUCUCGAGUAUCGUGAUAGCGUUGCCGUCUCACUGAUGUGGCCAGAGAGAGGGGGAUGGACGAGCAAACACCUUGUGAACGUGGAGAUGCGGCCGGUUUCCACGUCUUGCUGGGAGCAGUUGCUUCUGACCAAAAAAAUACUGGAGCAGGGUUGUGGAGGCUGGUCUUUGUGUUUUGAAGUAGUCGUGUUAACGACCCGGACAACUUCCAGGAAAAAAAAAAAAAAAAAAAAAGACAUCAGCUACGUUUCUGAAGUUUUCUUUUUUCUUAAAGAAGGAAGAAUCCAGACACAUUACAAGCAAUCAGGAAUAAUUAUUUUUUUUUUUGCCAUGAAUAGAGGCUUUUUGUAUAUUAGUGGAUAAAUGCCCUUUUGGAAAAAAAAAAUCUAUAUUCUCGAUUUUCAUUAUGAAACUAAACCUAUAUCCAAUAAAAGUAUUUUGUUCAGGACUGUGGCUGAUGCGUUGUAAAACACCCCUUGGCUUGUGCAGCCGGAGGACCGAGGAGAAGGCCCCGCUGCUGGACACAGCAGCGAGCUCUGGUGCAAAUAUCCCGGUGAUGGCACGAUGGAUCACGCUGCAGGAGAGACAGGGCUCCACCGCCUCCACUGGUUUCAGGCAGCUUCAAGCAUCUACGUCCUGAUCUGAAGCGCCGUGACUCAGGUUUACACGCAAGCGCUGAGUCCCACCUGUAGAUCCGUCGGAUCCUGGGAUCUCCCUUGGCUCUUCAGAUAGAGGUUUGCAAAUCCACCGGCCCAACA